CAUGGCGCUCAGCUUCUGAUGUCACCUCAAACUUAUUAGCAAAUAUCAGACUAGAACUAACGAUGAUGGCAGCCGAAUUGUUUGGCAUCUCUGUUGCACGUUCAAGUUCUCUGGCUUUGAGGACAGCGUGAGGAAAUAUCCAACAGCCAAACGAUUAAUUUACUCCGCCUUCCGACCAAUCAUCAGAAGAACCAUAAUGGGCAAUAGCGUGCUUCUCGCAGCGCUCUGGCUAGUGCCUUCCUCUAUGGCUGUUUUCAAGUCAGUAUUCCAAGUCGGACCAACGUUGGACGAGCUGACGUUCCACAGCCCAGAUGAGCUUCCACGAUUGCCAUCGCCGGUCUUGAACAAUACAAUGAUGAACAUCACGUUCUCAGAUCCACGCACGGCAGAAUGUGGUCGUUCUCCAGACAUGUCAAGCGAAGCUGCCACAAUCAUCGUCCGCAUCGGUGGCUACGAUGAACCAGUCUGCAUGGAUCUUGACGAAGUAUUCAUGAACCCAAACAUAACUUAUGCACUACCAAGUGAUCCUCCUGCUUCGGCAAUGCAAUUCGAUGGCGUGAGGUACAGCUUGCUCAACUCCUCGGGCAGUGAGGCGCCAUCAUGGUCUCCCAACUCCUUCAACUACAGUCAAAUCUUUUACACGCAACGACGUGCGGAUCCAAAUCAACAAGAUACUGAUUCGGAGAGACUUGGAAAUCUAUGGCUGCGCGUCUUCAGCGAACCCGGCUGCCCUGGAAACGGUACCAACGAGAAUGCUGGCAACUGGUACUCGUGGAACUGCGAAAAUGAGGCUGGACUUUGCAGUACGCUGCCCUUCAGUGCCAAGAGCAUACUGGUAUCAAGUCUCGAAUACGGCCAACAUCCUGGUGAUAAAGGUGGCUGCGUCAAUGCUGUCAUGUCUAACAAGGGUGUCAAUGGGGCUGCGAGCGUGAGUAGUCGUGUGGGACUUACGGUUAUGGUAUCCGCAGCUGUCGCGGUCUUGUUGGCUGUUUAGCUGGAGGCAAAGUCAAGAGACAAUAACACCGGGCUUUGAAGAGAUUGCCGAUCUUUUCUUCCACAGUGUAAAUUAGAGCUACGUCGUCAGAAUUUAUCAAUACAGAUACUGAUAGCAGCGGCACUGCUGUGCAUGUUCUGAAAAGUACUACAAACCACUCUACGGCAUCCAUAU